AUGCUUUCUUUACAACAACAACAACAAACCACGAAUAAUUCAAUGACAGCACAUACACAACAACAAGAAAAUCUCUAUGAUCGUCAAUCCGUUAAUAGUCAACAAGGUUUAGCUGAUAAAAUUCAAGCUGUACGUCAUCUAUGGGAAACAGAAAAUGUUCAACAACAACAACAAAUGUCAACAGCUAUGGAUCCAAAUUUAUAUAAUCCUAUGAUGUCAACAUUUCAACAACCAUCACAAAUUUUUUUUCAUUAUAAUUAA